AUGUCGCAGCAGCCGAGCCCUUCGCCGUCUCACCAGCAGCACCAUGACGCCACUCCUCAGGAUGUCCUCGCCGAGGCAAGGAAGAACCUCCAGGUCCUGAUCGAUUCAGGCCUGUCCAAGGAUCUCCUUCAUCAAUGGGUCGAUGAAAGCCAGUCGCUGUCUUUGGGCCUGAGCGCCAUGUCCUCGAUGGCUUCGAUUCCCUCUCAACCUCAGCAGCAGGCUCCUCCCGCCUUUAGCCAACCUCAACAACCGAAUCCCGCCCCCAGUGCUGCCUCUCUCGCUCCUCCUCCGCCGAUGCGAUGCCCUCCUCCACCUCCUAUUGUUCCGAAUCUCCCGACCGUGACGACAACUUCCAGCAACUCAUCAACUGCCACCACUCCAUCCGCCGAGAUCAAGCGCGAAACCGUUCCCGAGGAGGUCCCUUCCAUCUUCAUGCCGCCCCAGGCCCCCUUUAACCACCGCCCUCGCAUCUCCGUCUCCUCGACGAGCUCCGGAUCCUCCGGUCAUGCUUCCAUCUGGUCCACCAACUCGGGUCAGUCAUCGAUGUCUUGGCAAUCAUCAACCUCAAACUGCGCCCGAUCUCAGGCGCCUCUCCCUCUCCCUCCAUCCAACCCGAUCAGCGGACCACUUGGCGCCAUUGGUGCUCCAGUCGGCACCGCCGGAAAGACCAACAUUUACUGGUGUACCUCGUGUGAAACGAGCUUCAAGCGCAAGUACGACUGGAAGCGCCACGAGGACGAGUUCCACGAGCGCUGGCGCAAGUACCCCUGCCCCGAGCCUGGUUGCAACCGAAGCUUCUGGGGUUCCAACUCGUUCAACCAGCACCACAAGCAGUGCCACGGCUGCAAGACGUGUCCCCAUGCCGAAAAGGUGGUCAAGUUCCUCCGAAAGCGCAAGUACUGGGCCUGCGGUUUCUGUUCUGCUCUUCACCCGGCUCGCGAACGCCAUGUUGAGCACGUCGCCCGUCACUUCGAGUCUGGUAUGACCAAGGGUGACUGGAUGCACUCUCGGGUGGUGUAUGGUCUCCUACACCAACCCCUGAUCCACGAGGCUUGGGACGCACUUGUCGUCAGCAAGCAGCCUGAAUAUAAUGGUCGAAGACCCCAGUUCAGCUGGCACCCAAGCAAGACGGGCCGCGCUCAGGGCUUCCUGGAGAAUGAGAGCCCCGGCCAGCUGCAGGAUCUCCUCGAGUUCUUCUCUGGCGAUGAGGGUGAGGCUCAGUGGAUUGUCAGUGUAGCUUACGACCUCGCCGAUAUUGUCCUCACCUCAGCGCCUAUUCCUUCGCCUCAGUACUCGCAUACGAGCCUGGCACCCCAGGCGUUCCCUCACGACCCUCGCAUGUCGUUCAUGACCCUUCCUACUCAGGGCCACCCUGGCCACCAGUCGAUGAUGCCUUCGCCGGAUCCUCAACAGGCUUCGUUUGCAGCACCUUUCCGCAACACAAUAAUGGUGCCAUCGCAGCCAUUCACACCCCAACCGAGACCAUCUCCCGAUUCGUCUCACUCCCCGAUGGGACCCUCGACUUCACCUCUGAUGCCUCCGCCCGCGUCCUCGCCACUGGACAAGCGCGAGCUGCCACCACCACCUCAGGGUCAGGGUCAGGAGACUGGUGAAUCAAUGAUGGAUUUUGAGUAUUCCCCGGCUCCUGUGGUAUUUGACGAUUGGGAGAGCAUCAUCCUGGAGCAACCAGGACAACAACAACAUAACGGAGCACCAGCCGACUGGGGUAUGGUGCAAUAUUUCAACGACCCUCGGGUCACAUCAUGA